AUGACUACGAUCCCGCGCUUGGAAUUUCACGAAGACAAAUCUUUGGCAGAUAUCAAAAUGGUCUGUGCAGACUUUAUCAUGAAAAUCGGAUACUCGCCACUGUCUUCAAUUGGAGAAGAUAACGUAACAUACAACACAAUUUUAUCUGAGUUUGCAUCGUUCAACAUGGAAGAAAAGUUGUUUCGCAAAAUAUGCCUUGAAGCAUCCACAAUAGCAGAGGGAGUCUUUAGCUAUAUGAUUUCCGAGGACAAGGUUCUGAACGACCUGCGUCGUUGCUUAGCAGACGCCUAUCGUUUAUGGGACGAUAUACCCGCAAACGGAAUUACAGUUUCAGGGCUAGAAUCUGUGAAUGGGUGCUUGAUCGAGAAAUUGCUCUGUGGCAUGCCCAUUUCCCCAGACGCAGGCCGUUGGCCAGACUUUCUUCGCCUCAAAACGGGGGCGGGGCACGCGUAUGCAUAUAUGAUAUUCCCCAAAGAGCUCGGAGUCGAAGUUGCAACGUAUAUUCAGGCCGUGGACGACAUAGCCCUCUUCAUUUGUUUAACCAACAAUAUUCUCUCGUUUUAUAAAGAAGAACUUGCAGGAGAGACAGGCAAUUAUAUACAUCUUCGAGCAACUGUAACCCACAAGUGUCCUCUGGACGCUUUGAAAGACACAGUCAAAGACACUUUGGACGCUCACGAGAGGAUACUCAAAGUACUCGCAAACACACCGGCCUACGAACCGUUCAAAGAAUUUGUCAACGGGUCCAUGGGACUCCACCAUGUGCUGAGCCGCUAUCUCUUAGCCGACCUCAGACUUUAA